AUGAGCCGACUCACAAGAAGCCCUUCAUCAAGUGGGCCAAUACCACACACUGCGUCAGAUUCUGACGUCUCUUUGGUUGGGCAUGCCCAAGAGCACAAGCCAUACGUAACCCAGCGAACAAAAAGAUUAAGAGAGCCAUGUUGCGAAGAUAUAUUUUUGAAUUUCAAAGAAGAGUCGAAAUCUAUGAUUAAAGAAAUGAGUGAAAGCCAAAAUCAUAUUCUCAAUGAUCUUACUAAAGAUGUAGCCGAAAUAAAAAUUCAAAAUUCUAAAAUUCAACAGUCUAAUCAGGAGAUUGAAAAAUCUCUGCAGUUUCUAUCUGAUCAAUUUGACGGUAUGUUGGUAAGAGUGGAAACUCUAGAACGAGAACGCAAUGAACAGCUAUUGUAUAUCUCUUCACUUGAAGCAAAAGUUGAAGACAUGCAAAGAUUGCUGAAAUCAACUACUGUAGAAAUUAGGAACGUACCGUGUUCUACUAGAAACGAUAACAAGUUGGAACUUACUAAUAUAGUACAAAAUACCUGUAAAGUCCUUGCUGUUGAUUUUCAACCGAGUGAUGUUAAGGACGUCUUCCGCAUUAGGGGAAAAUCGGGGACAUCUACCCUUGUAGUGGAUUUCUUGCGAACAAAGACCAAACAGGAAUUAAUUAAAAGUGCCAAGCUUUAUAACAAAACACACCCAAAUGAAAGGCUUAACUCAACUCUUAUAGGUUUAGGUGGACCAUCUAUACCUUUAUAUUUAUCCGAAGGUCUUACACAUAAAGGUCGUAGAUUACUGUAUCUGGCGCGGGAUUUUGCUUCAACUGCCAAAUUCAAAUACUGUUGGACGAGCAAUGGGAAAGUUUUUUCUCCGCAAAACCGACGAAUCGCCGCACAUUGA